UAUCGUUCUCUCUUCAUCUUGAUCAUUUUCCUCCUUUGUCUUGGGUCGUCUCAGAUCGACAUCAACCUCCAUCCAUCUUGUCCUCGUCCUCCAGCAAGUUGGUCAAUAACUAAAUUUUAGAUUAUCAAAUUACCUUGAUCUUUUUCUUUCCAUUCUCUCAUACUCUCUUACCAAAAAAAAAUGAAUAGUAUGUUGAAGAGAAGCACCACAAAGAAGGGUAAGAAAGUGAAUACAAAUACAAAGUGUAAUAGAUUUUUGGUGUCUAUCAAUGUCAUUGGGAGCACAGGACCAAUUAGAUUUGUGGCAAAUGAAGAUGAUUUGGUUUGUGAGAUUAUCAAGACUUCUCUUACAUUAUAUGCUCGUCAAGCUCGUCUUCCUAUUCUUGGAACUAAUGUUGAUAACUUUAUUCUCUUUUGUGUUAACGAUGAAAAAAGGGAUGCUCUAAGCCCAAGGGAAAGUAUAGGAUCAAAGCAAGUAAGGCACUUUUUGCUAUGUAAAAAGCAAGGGAGUCCACAUUCAUUAUUGCUUAACGAGAAAAUGUCAAGGCAAAGGGAAGAAGAAAAGGGGAGAAAUCAUUGGAAGAAAUGGCUCAACAAAUCAUUGAGUUACAGCAUUCAAUCUCAUUGCAUGCUGUAAUCGAUCAACGUGUUCUGUAAAUAAUGAGGAUCGGUUCUCACGUCCAAUUUUCCAUUGUAAAAGUUGAAGACAUGUAUACAAUAAAUAAACUUUUUCAUCUCAAAUAUUAUGGUUUGGUC